UUGAGUGCUAUAUUCAUAGUCACAAGUGUCAUGGAAAACCAACAGGUUCGACAAAGGUUGAUGGAGGCUGCAGAAACAGGAAAUAUCAGUCUCCUGUACGGGUGUAUACAAGACUACCCAAAAAUUUUGGAUAGUAUAGAUGAGAUCCCUUUUGUUGAUACUCCUUUACACAUAGCUGCCUCAGCUGGACAUGCCCAUUUCACUUUAGAAAUGAUGAGAUUAAUGCCAUCAUUUGGUAAGAAGCUGAACCCACAAGGGCUAACCCCCUUGGACUUGGCUUUGCAAAGUAGGGAAGGCCUAAGUCCCUCGGACCCAGCUUUGCCAAAAAUGGAAGAGCUAAGCCCGGAGGACCUGGAUUUGCAAAAUAGGAUCACUUCGACUAUAAUUCGGCUCAUAAAUUUUGACAAGGAGCUCAUACGAGUCAAAGGAAGGGAAAGCUUCACUCCUUUGCACUACGUAGCUAAAAAAGGUGACAUUGAGCUUUUGGCUGAAUUUCUAUAUGCUUGUCCGGAAUCAAUAAUGGACCGGACAAUUCGAGAUGAGACUGCACUGCACAUUGCUGUGAAAAACUCUAAGCAAGAAACAUUUGAAGUGCUGUUGGGAUGCCUUCGCAGGAUCCGAAAACAUCGUCAUGUGCUAGGCUGGAAAGAUGAUGAAGGCAACACCCUGCUGCAUAUUGCGGUGUCCACUUCACAAACUAAGAUUGUGAAAUCUUUACUUAAGAAGAAAAAUGUAGUGAGGCUGGACAAAAAUGCAAAGAAUUUGAAUGGCCGAACAGCACUUGACAUUGCAAUUGAUAAUCCUGGUGAGGCCGCAAGAGAAAUUAUAAAAGCUUUAGACCAUGCAGGAGCUUCAAAAAGUACAUCACUUCCUAAGGAUUAUAGUCUUGCUAAAUUUUUUAAGUCGCCACAAACGAUUAUUGAAUUUGCUACCCGACAAUAUUUUUAUCAAGGAAGAGCAUUGACAAUGGAGACGCGGAAUGCAAUACUGGUUGUAGCUGUUCUAAUUGCAACGGCUACUUUCCAAGCUAUACUUAGCCCCCCUGGUGGAGUAGUGGUAGGAACUGGCGACAACAAUAAUCAGCCUACUACCAAUGAAAACCAUAUUAACGUCACUAUCAUGUCCACCACCGCCAACAACCACCUUAUUCCGACUAAUAACGUCAGUUAUAUUAACACCACCAUAUUCACCAACCCCACCACCACCAACCCCACCGCCACCGUGGAUCCUUCCAAGCGAGUUUUAUUCAAAAAAACUAAGUUGAAUGCACCUAUUACAUACGGAAUCUUCUUCAAUUUUUUUUAUUUUCUGAACACAAUAUGCUUUCUUUAUUCAGUCACCACGAUUAUAUUUCUCCUCCCGUUACAAUAUUUUAGUAUCUUCUUGUACGGUCCCCUAUUCCUUCUGAUGCUGAGCUAUGGGGCAUCAUUUGUCGUCAUAUCACCAUCGACCUAUUAUACUGUACAAUUUUUCUUUUUAACUUGUGUUUUUGCUGUUGUGAUGUAUUUCACGUUGCCAUUAAAUAACGCAAUUUGGGAUAACUUGGAGGGAUUUGUUCCAUCGGUUUUCAAAGGAGAGCAGGGGAAACGCCUUCAGAUGCUGUUCCAUUUGUUAGAAAGAUCAUGAUGUAGAACAAUGGGCUCAAGACUUUCUAUAUAUAUAUAUUAUGCUUCUACUUUUGUUUUGUUUAUCUUAUUAGCCUGAAGAAUAAGAUGCUUUUGGGAGGUUUGGUGUGUGGUGGUGUUGUUAUUUAUUUUUCUUUGGCUUUAAGGGCUUAUCUCGCCUUCAUCUUUUUCUGCUUUUGGUCUUGCAAGUUUUGCAGAAUUCUGUGUGGAAGUUUAAGCAAAUGUCUA